AUGGAAACAGGAAUUAUUAAUUCAUAUGCAUCUUCUAACAAGACUCAAUCGCAAAGCCCGGAACCGCUCCUUCAUAGACGAAGUUCUCGAGAGAAUUUGGAUCGGUUUAUACCGAAUAGGUCGGCGAUGGACUUUGACUAUGCACAUUACAUGCUUACAGAAGCGAGGAAAGGUAAGGAAAAUCCUGCAGCGAUCUCUUCACCAUCCAGAGAGGCGUACAGGAAACAGCUCGCUGAAGCCUUGAAUAUGAAUAGGACAAGGAUUCUUGCUUUCAAAAACAAGCCGCCUACCCCCACAGAGACAAUUCCGAAUGAGUUUGCAUCAGCUGCUGCUCACCAGGCCAAACCCUCAAAACCCCGUCGGCAUAUUCCCCAGACUUCCGAGAGGACUUUAGACGCCCCUGAUAUUGUGGAUGAUUACUAUUUGAACCUAUUAGAUUGGGGCAGCAGCAACGUUCUCUCCAUUGCUCUAGGAAACACGGUGUACAUGUGGGAUGCAUCUAAUGGAGCUACAUCAGAACUUGUCACAAUUGAUGAAGAAAAUGGCCCUGUGACCAGUGUCAGAUGGGCUCCGGAUGGUCGCUACAUUGCUGUUGGCCUGAACAACUCGGAAGUUCAGCUAUGGGAUUCAACAGCCAAUAGACUGCUGAGAACUUUGAGAGCCUCCGGCCAGCAGUUAGCAAGUGGCGGAAAUGAUAAUCUGCUCCACGUAUGGGACAGAUCCAUGGCUUCGUCUAAUUCUCCAACACAGUGGCUUCACAGGCUCGAGGAACAUACUGCUGCUGUCAAAGCACUUGCCUGGUGUCCUUUCCAGGGUAAUUUACUUGCCUCGGGUGGAGGUGGAGGUGACCGGUGCAUAAAAUUCUGGAACACGCAUACUGGUGUGUGCUUGAACUCAGUUGACACAGGAUCACAGGUCUGUGCUUUAUUGUGGAAUAAAAAUGAGCGUGAGUUGCUUAGCUCUCAUGGAUUUACUCAGAAUCAGCUCACUCUCUGGAAAUACCCCUCCAUGGUGAAAACAGCCGAGCUCACUGGGCAUACAUCGAGAGUUCUUUUUAUGGUUCAGAGCCCGGAUGGAUGCACGGUUGCAUCAGCUGCAGGAGAUGAAACUCUGAGGUUCUGGAAUGUUUUUGGGACACCUGAAAUUUUAGAAAACAAAAAUGAUCAAGGACCAUCCUUUUUCAUCAUUCUUUUGUCCAUAGAGGGUUCCACAGACAACUACUCAGGAGGAGUUACUGCCAUUCCACCCAAAACGCAUCUUUGUAUUGUUCUCAUGUGA